CAUAAGCACAAAUCAACGAAGAAACACGAGGCCUUCUCCCUUGAAUUUGCAGAGAAAAUCACACUCACCCUUUCCAAGACAAGAACAUAUGUUACUAGGGGGUUCAAGACAGUACCAGCAAUGACAGAUGCUCUCAAUAUAGUCGAUGGUGUUCGUCUUGCCCGUUCAGUCUGCCUAGAGCCAGAGCUACCGCGCCAGAUUCUCACUGGCGAGGUAUACACUGCUAUCAAUCAGCUAACAGACGAUAUUGACCUUGGUAUUACUAGUAUGACAGCUGGUACGCAGAUCAGACAACUGGGCAAGGGUCAUGAGCUGAUUGAACUAAGUGAAGAGAAGAACCUUGAGGCAUUCAAGAAGGACAAUGAAGCUUGGGCAAAGAGCUUGGCUGAAGACAAAGGGAAAAAGAAGUAUGGGUUUGUGGAUGUUGAAAGUGUCAAGGCAGUACCGUAUAGAAGCCCUGCAAGGACUUUAUAUAACAUGGGAUGA